AGCAAACCUCCCCCAGCAGCCAAGGCUGUGGAACAAUCAUCCCCUUUUCGAUCCCGCUAGGUAGAAGCCCGAGCAGGCUUCCAUGUGUUAUGUUUGUGCAUAUAAUUAUAGUGCCGGGUAUGGUAUGCCCUAGUCGUAGAGUCUUAUGCUGGGGUUUCGCCUUCAUCCUUUGGUGUUUGCUGGGUAGGCUGAUCAUCAGGUCUGUCUCAUCCUGCCACUCUACCAUUUCAGCUCUGACGCCUCACAAUUUGUCCCGCAACUGCUGGUGUUCUAGACAGUAUGGAAUCUCAGUUUACAUUUUCAUACGAGAACUAAGAUAUACAUAUAUAUACAAAUGUUUUCUAGUGGUCUAAUGACAGCCUCCCGUCUUCAUUAACGAAAGUUCCGUCGAAGGCAGGCCGAAACUCAUCAUUGCCAAGGCUAGCACAAGUGAUUACCUCUCAGCUACACCUCUGGGUCUACUAACCUUAGGUACUACAGGCCAAUGUUUAAUCUAAAUAAUUUUCAGCAACGAGAAUAUAAUUAUAUGGCCAAUCUCUUCUAGAUAUUAUACUUCUUUUCAGAAAUCCGGUACCAACUCAGGGCAGUGC